UACGUAAGCCUGGUUGCGCGGACACCGGUUACAUAGGGCUUGGUACAGCGUGUCCUUGGGAUUAGAGCGUUCGAGACGUGCUGUUGUGUACAUCGUCCGGGUGGAAGAACAUAGAGGGUGCGAUUAUAGCCAUGGGAGACUGUGAGAAGGGAAAGAAGGUCUUUGUCCAGAAGUGCUCUCAGUGCCAUACUUGUGAAAAAGGAGGCAAGCAUAAGACUGGUCCCAACCUUCACGGUUUGUUUGGACGCAAAACUGGUCAAGCCGAGGGCUAUUCGUAUACUGAUGCAAACAAAAACAAGGGUAUUACCUGGAGUGAGGAAACCCUUAUGGAAUACUUGGAAAAUCCUAAAAAGUACAUCCCUGGCACAAAGAUGAUCUUUGCUGGAAUCAAGAAGCAAGGAGAGAGGAAAGACUUGAUAGCAUAUCUCAAACAAGCAACUUCCUGUUAAUUGCUGCAUCUGAUGCCUUAUUUAUUUCAGGGAGGGAACCAGUAUGAUGAGAUGCUUUUAAAAAUUUAUAUAUUUUUUAUUUGUACUGUCCAUACAUAUUUUAGAUUGUGUCUCAUCAGUGAAUGUAAAGUUAUUGAAUGACAAAUAUUGGUGAAAUGAAUUUGGCUGUAAGAUCUCUAA